AGAACAGGGGCAAAUAAAAGGAAGUUUCAGUCCCCUAAAAUGUUAAACAACAGUUAUAGUAAAGUUUUGUAAGCCCUGCAUUAUAUAGCCUAUCAUCCAUUCAUCAGUGUACAUAACUAUUUUUGCUAGACUAUAUCUUGCACUUAAUAUUACAAGGAAGUCAAACGUAAAUAGGCUACUGUACAUUGCGCAGUGUCUCUUUGGAUGUUAUCACAACUGUUUCCCACACUCUCAUAAGUUUGGGCUCUGGCCUGUUUAAAAUAGUGGACAUUAUAACUUCCUGGGGGCGGAAUGCAGUCAUUAUUUCUGGCGAUGUAGUGAAGCGAUGCGUUUCCGUUCAGCAGAGGAGGAACAUUAAAACUGUCGACAUUAACAGCAGCAUUAAUCUGCUGACAGAAGUCCGUCAGCUCCACCUUCUGCGAGAGUUCACACCUCUCACAUCAGUGCUCGGUGCAGUUCAAGAGUUUGCACAGAACUUCUAACUUGAGAAAGCUUACCUGAAGAUGAUUUGAAGAUCGGCUGCUCGGGAAUAUACUGUCCAUGAAAGAAGAUGGGACGUCUCUCUAUCAAAACCGUUUGUAAAGGCACAGCACUUCUGAUCUUUGUCAUUCUUCAGGGGUUGAAUGCAGAGACAGCAGCCACAACAAGCACAAGCACUCUUUCAACUGAGUCUCAAACAACAGCUCCUGCAACUACAAGCUCUCCAUCAACUGAGUCUCAAACAUCAGCUCCUUCAACUCCUGCCACUACAAGCUCUUCUUCAACUGAGUCUCAAACAUCAGCUCCUACAACUCCAGCAACUAUAAGCUCUCUUUCAACUGAAUCUCAAACAUCAGCUCCUUCAACUCCUGCCACUACAAGCUCUUCUUCAACUGAGUCUCAAACAUCAGCUCCUACAACUCCAGCAACUAUAAGCUCUCUUUCAACUGAAUCUCAAACAUCAGCUCCUUCAACAGCCCCUGCCACUACAAGCUCUCCUUCAACUAAGUCUGAAACAUCAGCUCCUUCAAGUGAGUAUUUUCAUGGACAACUGAGUAAAAACUUUUUUUUUCAUUAAUUUUUAUAGUUAAUGUUGUAUAUUGUUAGAAUAAUUGUACUUUUUUCAUGUCAAAUACCGAAUAUCAAACCUCAGUGUCUACCAGUUAAAAUUAAUGUUGGGAAAUAGGAAAUAGUAAUAAGACAAAAUUGUAUUCAUACAGUUUACAGCAAUUUCAUGUAUUUUAAUAAAGACUCUUGCAAAAUAAAAUUUGAUUGUAUGCAAAAAAAACAAAACUAUUUUGUUCAUCAAAUUAUUCCUGCUGCCUCUGCAGCUAAAAGCUUUCAAACA